CCACGUGAUCAGAACAACGUGUGACGCUGUCGGUGAAAAUGUCUGCCCCCUUGUAGGCAAUGCUUCUGUAAAGUAAACUACAGUACCGCGGUAGUAAUUGGACGUAUAAGCUUGUCAUAAACUAAAGUCACACAGUUAACCGGUGAUCAUAUAUUGGGAAUCUAUGAAAAAAUGAAGACAUUCUGUGGACGAGCGAACCCAACUACGGGUGCCCUAGAUUGGGUGGAGGAGAGUGAGGAAUACGACUAUCAUCAAGAGAUAGCAAGGUCCAGUUAUGCUGAUAUGCUUCAUGAUACCGAUCGGAACCAGAAAUAUUACGCGGGUAUCCGUGCAGCUGUGGCCAGAGUGAAGGCUCGUGGUGAGAAGGCGACGGUUCUGGACAUCGGAACGGGCACGGGCCUGCUCUCCAUGAUGGCACUCACAGCGGGGGCAGAUUUCUGCUACGCCGUAGAGGUGUUCAAGCCCAUGGCCGAGGCAGCAAAGUGCAUUGUGGAAAAAAACGGCUUCUCCGACCGCAUGAAGAUCAUUAACAAGCACUCCACAGAAGUCACUGUGGGGCCAGACGGGGACAUGCAGACGAGGGCUAACAUCUUGGUCACAGAGCUCUUUGACACUGAGCUGAUUGGCGAGGGCGCGUUGCCUAGCUACGAACACGCACACCAGAAUCUGGUGCAGGAGGGCUGUGAGGCCGUGCCACACCGGGCCACCGUCUACUCUCAGCUGGUGGAGUCUGAGCUGCUGUGGAGCUGGGGCCAGCUGCAGCCCGUGAUGGUGGAGGGGGCCCGCCUGGCCCCGCCCCCUGCCGUGACGCAGUGCGCCGGGGCCCACUCUGUCUGCGACAUCCAGCUCAGCCAGGUCUCCCCUGAACAGUUCACACCCCUGGGCCCUCUCUGCACCAUGUUCAGUCUGGACUUCAGUAAGCCUGUGAGCAGCGCUCCACAGUCCCACACCUCUCACUUUCCAGCCCAGGCCAGCGGCAGGGCCCAGGUGGUUCUGUCCUGGUGGGACAUUGACAUGGACCCCGAGGGCUCUAUCGUCUGCAGCAUGGCUCCCAGCUGGACCUACCCUCAACCCAAAGCCGCACCGUGGCGCGACCACUGGAUGCAGAGUGUUUACUUCCUGCCUACCGAAAGGAGUGUUGUGGAGGGGGAGGAGCUGAGCCUAACAGUCAUCCACGACGACUACAGCCUGUGGUACGGCCUGCAGACAGACAGCCAACAGGUGGGACUGAAGGAGCCCCCGCUGUGCCGGCCAUGUUGUACCUGCCACGCCCACCUGGUGUGGAACCGCCCACGCUUCGGAGAGCUCAAUGACGGCCGUCGCACGGAGAGCUACGUCAGAGCGCUGCGCAGCGUUUUGGAUGUAGACAGCGUCUGCCUGAGCGUUAGCGAUGGAAGCCUGCUGCCCGUCUUUGCUCACAUGCUCGGGGCCAAAAAGGUCUUCGGUUUGGAAAGUUCUAGAAUGUCUAAACGGGUUAUUGAACAGGUGUUGGAGGCCAACUCCAUGAAAGGCGGCAUGGAGCUCCUGGAGAUCAGAGCCGACCAGCUCAGCAGCAACGACCUGGGGGGACAACAGAUCUCCGUCCUGAUGGGGGAGCCUUACUACAGCACCAGCCUGCUGCCGUGGCACUCGCUGUUCUUCUGGUACUGCCGGACGGCGCUGGCCAAGCUCCUGCGUCCGGGGGCCGCCAUCCUGCCCCGCUCGGCCACACUGCGCGCCGCCGCCGUGGAGUUCCAGGAUCUUUGGAGGAUACGAGCCCCUUGUGGAGCGUGCGAAGGGUUCGACGUGUCGCCCAUGGACCAGAUGGUUCAGCGGUCUCUGGAUUUCCGUGAGUCCCGUGAGGCGGAGCCCCACCCGUUGUGGGAAUACCCGUGCCGAGCUUUGACCCUGCCCACUGCCGUCAUGACCUUUGACUUCACGCAGUGUGUCCCUGAGCAGCCAAUCAACGCUCAGGGCUUCUUCCCCUUUGUCAGGAGUGGCUCUUGCCACGGCGUUGCCAUAUGGAUGGAGUACCAGCUGACCGAGGAAGUCACCAUCAGCAUGGGUCUCUCAGGAGAUGUUGGGGAGCAGGGUGCUUGCGAGUGGAGUCGUCACAGAAAACAGGGCGUCUACUUUUUCCCGUCGCCGCGACAAAGCCUGGGGGAAGACGGCGGCGGCGGCAAAGUGUCUUACAGUUUCACCUUUGAACCCAGCUCAGGAGACAUCAGUAUGGAGUUCAACGUUGCCUCUGAUUCAGCGUGAUACGGAUGCUGAAGAUGUGAACUAUAAUUCAAACCCUAUUUUUACAUGUCAUUCACGAUGGUGACGCCCAUCUGGUGACCCGUUUUGUGCCUACUGUAUUUUGGAUUUGCUUCUGCUUAUUCUGGGAUUAUUAGUGCUGGGAUUAUAGCGAGUUCAUCAUACAACCGAGAACAAGACAAACUGAAAUCUUUCUAUUGAUAGAAAAUCCAAAAAUGUGGGAUAAGACAAUUUUUUUAUUGCUAGCGUUUGAGCGGAAUGUCCUGCCUACUUAUUUUUGCUGAACUAAAAGGUAUUCAAGGUUAACCAUUCUCAAAGAAUAGAAGCUGUCAAUUCAUGGUGAAAUUCGAUCAUGGUUAAGUCAAACUACUACAAAUACAAAAAGGUAUGGUAACACUUUACCAAGUACAUUAAUUAACCAUUUAAUAUAAGUUAAUGAAAUAAUAAGCAUUAUCUUAAUUAAUGGUCUAGUAAUCUUUGCUUAUGGCGUUCCUAUCUAUACAUUAGUUCAACAAUUGUUAAUGAAUGUACCUUUUUUGUAACAUUUUACCGUAUUUAUGAAAAGAUUGUUUGCUUUACAUUACAAUAAACCUCAUUCAAAUCA